GUACAGACCGUCAUUGUGUACAUCCCAGUUCUAUUCUUACUGCUGAGUUCCCCCUUGGAAAUAUAUUUCAUGAAAAUCAGCAGGAGAAGAAACAUUCCAUUGACAUUCCUUAAUGGAGGAAGAAUUGGGUUCACAGCUGUAUUAGUUGGUUUGUCUCUAGCUGAGCUUGGUGUAAGUGUAGCAGAGCACCAUGAGUUUAAACCAGUGGCUGAUAUCCUGGCUCCCAUUGGGAAGGCAUUUUUGUAUUUUUCGGUUGUUCUGCUGAUGGUUGGUAAUAUACGGUUUGGGAUCCAGAGUUCUGGUAUUCUCUUCUCUCUAUUCUUCCUGGUAGCAGGUCUUCAGUCAAUCACUUUUGCUUCAGUUGUUAGAUUUGGAGAUAUCAUCCACCAGGUUUAUAGCAGUGAACUGUUCUAUGCUGAAUAUUGUUUAAUUCUGGUCGUGUUUUUUCUGCAUUUCUGGGCUGAUCCCCCUCCUGCUAGUGUGCAACUCGAUGAUAUGCGAGAGGAUGAUAUGUCCAAUGAAAAUGCCUCUUUUCCCAGCAGAAUCACAUUCGCUUACUUUGAUAGAAUCAUUAGGAUGGGUUGGAAGACUCCUCUUACUCUAGAAAAACUUCCUAAACUCAGUUUAAGAGAACGUUGUAGUCUUGUUUUUCCUAAAUGGAAUAAAUUUUGGAUCAAAGAAUAUACAGCGAACCAAAAGAAAAAGAAGAGUACUUCAAUUUUAUUUCCUUUAUUCCGAACAUUCUGCUGGAUUUAUCUUGGCUCCUCUUUUAUUCAACUUCUUGUCGUUCUAUUUCAGCAAGUUACUCCACAGAUUCUUGGUUUUUUGAUUAAUUUCAUCAGCUCUGAUGAAGAAGAAUGGAAAGGAUAUCUGUAUAUGAGUCUUCUAGUAGGAGUAAAUCUACUGAUAACUAUUCUUAAUUCACAAUAUUUCAAAGACCAGCAACUUAUCGGCCUAAGGAUGAGAUCUGCGUUAACUUGUGCUUUGUUUCGUAAAUCGUUACGGCUUUCAAGCAAAUCAAGAAAAGAGUUAUCUGUUGGAGAAACAGUAAACCUAAUGUCAAUAGAUACACAAAGAAUUAUGGAUGUUAUAAUGAGCCUUAACUUACUGUGGUCUAGUCCUCUUACGCUUGGAUUGUCUCUCUAUUCUCUAUGGGCAUACCUUGGACCAUCAUCAUUAGCUGGACUUUUAGUUAUGGUGCUGAUCAUACCCAUCAAUGCAUAUCUCUCCUCGGAAAUGAAAAAGUAUCAAAAAAUGAACAUGAAAAACAAGGAUGCUAGAAUGAAGGCAAUGAAUGAGAUUCUCGAAGGAGUUAAGGUUCUAAAGCUUUAUGCUUGGGAACCAAGCUUUGAACAGCAAAUAACAGAUAUCAGAUUGACUGAAGUAGAAAAUUUGAAAAGAAUGUCUUACCUGGGAGCAAUACAGACUUUCAUUUUUAAUUCUACUCCGUUUUUUGUAGCCCUAGCUUCAUUCACAUCAUUUGUUCUCUCAAGUCCGGAUAACAUUUUAAAUGCAGAUAUUGCAUUUGUAUCCAUUUCCUAUUUUAACAUAAUUAGAAGACCUUUAAAUCAGUUGCCAGGGUUGAUUACUCAAAUGAUAUCUGCAACAGUAUCUCUUGAUCGUUUAAACAAUUAUCUUAAUGCUCCAGAAGUCAGUGCUUCAAAUGUAACUCAUUACGACGAUGGAGAUGAUUUGGCUAUAAAUGUCAUAAAUGGAAACCUAACAUGGGAUAAGGAAUCCGAACCAGUUCUGAAAAACAUUGACCUCAAGAUAAAACGUGGUGAAAUGGUUGCAAUUGUGGGUCAAGUUGGGUCAGGUAAAUCAUCUCUUCUGUCCUCUCUAAUUGGUGAGCUUGAGAGAGCAGGCUUGAACACUAUGAUUAAUGUUUUGGGAAAUGUUUCCUAUGUUCCACAACAAGCAUGGAUGCAGAAUGCAUCCUUGCAGUAUAAUAUAACAUUUGGAAGACAAUUCAAUGAAAGAUUGUAUGAAAAAGUUAUAGAUUCUUGUGCAUUAAAAUCAGAUUUUGAAAUUCUGCCGAACAGAGAUUUGACAGAAAUCGGAGAGAAAGGGAUUAAUUUGUCGGGAGGACAAAAACAAAGGGUUUCUAUGGCAAGAGCUGUUUACAGCAAUGGAGACAUAUAUCUGCUUGAUGAUCCAUUGUCUGCAGUAGAUGCUCAUGUUGGUCAGCACAUAUAUGAAAAUGUUAUAGGUCCUAAUGGUUUAUUGAAAAAUAAGACCAGAGUGCUUGUUACUCAUGGUGUUAAGUAUUUACCCGAAAUGGAUAACAUCAUUGUAUUGAAAGAUGGUAUGAUAUCUGAGUCAGGGACAUAUCGAGAACUCUUAGACCAAGGAAAAGAAUUUGCAGAUUUUCUCAUUCAGUACAUCAACGAAGAAGAGGAUAAGAUGUUGGGACAAGACACAGAAACUGUAGAAGAUGUAAAGAAAGAAUUAGCAAAGAAGCUAGGUCUGGACAAACUGGAAGUUGAGCUUGGUAAAGCAAGAAGUCGGAGCAGUGGGGCUCAUAGUAAUAUUUCAGGAUACACUACUGGUACUAUAGAAAGAAAGAUUCAGCCACUGUUAAAAGAAAGGCCUUUCUUAAAGGUAAAAACUUUUUCAGUUUUUUCAAAAGGAGUAGUAGAUGAAGCUUCUGUUAAAAACAAGUCUAUUCAAGAUGAAAAAACUCCCCUCAAGCCAGGUAAACCUGGAGGAUAUGGUGGACUCGGAAGUAAAAUACCUGGAAAAGAUGCACUCUUGGGCAACAGAAGUGGAGGGCAGGGUAAAGGAUUUAGAGGAGGAGGAGAUUUGAUGACUUUAGAAAAGGUUGAAACUAAAGCGGUGGCAAAUGCAGUGUAUAGAUUUUAUUUCAAUUCCGUUGGUAUACUUGCAGUGAUUACUAUAAUAUUGUUAAACAUAAUGACACAAGGGUUGACAAUAGGAACCAAUGUUUGGCUAUCAGUAUGGUCUGAUGAUCCUGAUUCUGCAGAAGCUUCAAUCAGAAAUGUUUACCUUGGUGUUUAUGGAACUUUAGGAUCUCUCUCAGCAGCAACUAUAUGCAUAUCCUCUUUGGUAACAGCCGUUGGUGGACUAAAUGCCUCUUCCAUUCUUCACAACAGGAUGCUUGCUGGGGUACUCAGAGCUCCAAUGUCAUUUUUUGACACAACGCCCAAGGGGAGAAUUGUAAAUAGAUUUGCAAAGGAUAUUGAUUUUAUUGAUCGAUCUAUUCCAAUGACAUUUUCAGCUCUACUCAGGUUAGGAUUUUCAGUUGUUGGAACCAUUGCUGUUAUCAGUUACACCAGUCCAAUUUUCAUAGCUGUCUUUAUUCCUCUAAGUUUGUUGUACAUGUUUGUACAAAAGAUCUAUGUAGCUACAUCAAGACAGCUUAGGAGACUUGAGUCAAGCACAAGAUCUCCAAUAUAUAGUUGGUUUGGAGAAUCUAUCAGUGGAGUAUCAACAAUCAAAGCUUUCAAUAUUCAAGACAGAUUUAUCACAGAAAUUGAAAAUAAGAUUGAUGUGAAUCAGUCUUGUGCCGAACCCAAUAUAAUUUCAAAUAGAUGGCUGUCUAUAAGACUUGAAAUGCUGGGAAAUCUAAUUAUAUUGUUUGCAGCGCUUUUUGCAAUUCUGGGUCGAGAUACUUUAGAUCCUGGAAUUGUUGGGCUGUCACUGUCUUAUGCAAUGCAGAUAACUCAGAGCCUUAACUUGCUGAUCAGACAAACAAGUCAAAUAGAAAACAACAUGGUGAGUGUUGAACGAGUAAAAGAAUACCAGAAUGGACUACCCCAAGAAGCGCCAUGGCAAACAGAAAAAGACCCAAAAGGAGAUUGGCCCGAGUUCGGAGCAGUGCAGUUUAAGGGACUUCAAACAAGAUACAGGGAAGGUCUUGAUCUGGUACUAAAGGGUGUUGAUCUACAUAUUUCCCCUGGCAUGAAAGUUGGUGUGGUGGGUAGGACAGGUGCAGGGAAGUCAUCAUUAACUCUAUCCUUGUUCAGGAUUAUUGAGUCAACCAGUGGAACUAUAGAAAUUGAUGGUGUUGAUAUUUCAAAAAUUGGUCUCGGAACUCUGAGGUCUAGACUCACAAUUAUUCCCCAGGAUCCGGUUUUGUUCUCUGGUUCUCUGAGGAUGAACCUGGAUCCCUUCAAUGAGUGUUCUGACCAGCAGCUCUGGAGAGCUCUGGAGUUAGGGCAUCUCAGUACGUAUGUAAAGACUCUCAACCAGGGAUUGGAUUAUAUGAUAAGCGAGGGUGGUGAGAAUCUAUCUGUCGGUCAACGUCAGCUAGUUUGUCUCGCUAGAGCACUUCUUCGUAAAUCCAAUAUAUUGAUCUUGGAUGAAGCUACUGCUGCUAUUGAUCUUGAGACAGAUGAUCUUAUCCAGGAAACUAUUCGAAGUGAGUUUAAAAGUACAACUAUCAUCACAAUAGCGCACAGGAUAAACACCAUCAUGGACAGCAACCUCGUGGUGGUCCUUUCAGAGGGGAAGAUACAAGAGGCAGGACCUCCAGACAAAUUAAUGGCGGAUCCUGAGAGUAUAUUUGCUUUAAUGGCGAAGGAGGCAGGAAUAUCUGGAUUCGAGCAAGCUGAGAAAAAUCUGAUAGAACUUGAAGAUAAGAAAGAUGAUACUGACACAGAGGAUGACGAGGUUGAGGAGGGUAAGAAGGAUAAAAAAGAAGAUAUGGUGGAUGGUCCUACAAAACCUUAUAAGAAAAGGGAGUUGGAUAGAAAAACAAGAAUUCCAACUUCAAAACUUGGAAAACAAAACAAAGGGAUUGAGGAGCAAAGUGGAUUCCAAAGAGGAAGCAAAGGGAUUACAGGAGAAGGGGGGAAGAGAGGGGGGCGGGGAAGGGGAAGGGGAAGAGGAGUGAAAACUACCUGGAGACCUUGAAAUAUUUUAGUGAAA